UAUCUUUCUACAAGGAGGAUCAUGUUGCGACAAUUUCAUCACAAAUUGUGUGAUAGAACAAUGAUUUUUACCCGAGUGUAUAGUUCUAAAGAAACAAUGGAAGUUAAACUUGAUCCUCUAACAAGACUUUGUAAAAUUAUGAUGUCUUGCCCAAAGGCGGGGCUUGACACGGAGCUUGACCAAAGUGGGAUUAGGGUUUUACCGGAGAUGGUUGAGGAUGUCCUUAAGAGAUUUGAGAAUGCUGGAAUGCUUGCGUAUCGUUUCUUUGAAUGGGCUGGUAAGCAACAUAAUUAUGAGCAUAGUACUAGAGCCUACCACUCCAUGAUUGGAUCUCUUGCCAAGAUAAGGCAAUAUCAGAUGAUGUGGGAUCUUGUAAAUGAGAUGAAAACCAAGAGAAUGCUUAAUAUUGAGACAUUUUGCAUAAUCAUGAGAAAAUAUGCUAGGGCUCAAAAGGUAGAGGAGACUCUAUACACUUUCCAUAUCAUGAAUAAGUUUGAUGUGCCUCCCAACCUAGCGGCUUUUAACGGCUUAUUGAGUGCUCUAUGCAAAUCGAAGAAUGUGGAAAAAGCUCAGGAGAUUUUCGAUAGUAAGAAGAAUGAAUUUACUCCUGAUUCGAAAACAUAUAGCAUAUUGAUUGAGGGGUGGGGAAGGGCUCCGAAUCUUCCCAAGGCAAGAGAGGUUUACAGGGAAAUGAUUUUGGCUGGCUGUAAUCCGGACAUUGUGACUUAUGGGAUCAUGGUCGACAUACUUUGCAAGGCUGGCAGGGUUGAUGAGGCUGUUGAAAUUGUCAAGGAGAUGUACUUCAGCGGUUGCAGGCCAACGUCCUUUAUUUAUAGUGUUUUAGUCCAUACAUAUGGGCUAGAAAACCGGAUUGAAGAUGCCAUAGAUACAUUCCUUGAAAUGGAAAAAAAUGGUGUUGAGGCUGAUGUAGCUGUAUAUAACUCACUAAUUAGUGCUUUCUGUAAGGUAAAUAAGUUCCAAAAUGUCUAUAUGGUUCUGAAUGACAUGCAAUUCAAGGGGGUGACUCCCAAUGCAAGGACCUGCAAUAUUAUUCUCAGUGGCUUGAUUGCUCGAGGUGAGACUGAUGAUGCUUUUAAGGUUUUCCGUAGGAUGCUCAAAAUUUGUGAUCCUGAUGCAGACACGUAUACUAUGAUGAUAAAGAUGUUUUGUGAGAAGAAUGAGAUGAAGAUGGCUCGUAAAGUGUGGAAAUAUAUGAAACGCAAGCAAUUUGUUCCCAGCAUGCAUACUUUUUCUGCACUUGUCAAUGGAUUGUGCGACGAUGCAGAUGCCCCUGGUGCCUGUGUGUUGAUGGAAGAGAUGAUAGAGAAAGGAAUGCGCCCUGGUAGGAUGACAUUUGAAAAAUUAAGGAAACUACUUCUCAAGGAAGAGAGAGAAGAUGUACUUGAAUUCCUUCAGGAGAAACUAAAUCUUAUGGUCAGGGAGCCUUUGUCUGAUUAAGAAACCAUUUAGAUAACGUAUUUCUGAUGAUUCGUGAUUAUAUCUGCUGUUGUUGAAUCUGAUCUCUAGAGUCAGAAUAUCCAAGUGUCUCGUACUGUUUCAGCAACGGAUAAAGA